UCUCUCCCCUUCUCUCUCUCCAUCCACCUCUCUCACUCUCUCUCUCUUUUUUCUCCGCUCUCCUUUCUCAAAAAAGCCAUGACGGCGAUCCCGCGAUCCAUCUUCGCCUCCGCGCUAUCUUUAUAUUAUUUCUAAUUUAUUUUAAUUUUUUCUCUCUCCUCUUGUGGAUGUCAAAGGCGUUGGAUGAAGAUAUUUUUUGCCCCACCGGAGUCCUCUCUCUAACCCCGGCUUUCCCCGAUGUGAUCCGCGCUGAACGCAGCCGCCGACAGCCAUCAUGUCUCGCCGCAAGCAAGGCAAACCCCAGCACUUAAGCAAACGGGAUUUUUCGCCAGCAGAGCCCCUUUCCACGGCCGUCGUCUCAUCAGAGGAGCUGUCGGAGCGCUGCUCGGAGAAUUCGGAGGAGAGCAGCAGCCUUAACGGGCACCACCCGGUCACGACCGUGGGCCGGCUGGCCCGGUUGGGUCAUGAUGGUCACGCCUCUCUGGAGCAGGAUCUGCUGACCUGCGGUCAGUGCCAGGCCACCUUCCCCCUGGCGGACAUCCUGCUCUUCAUCGAGCACAAGAGGAAGCGAUGCCACGGGCCGCCCUGCCUUGCUGUGGGCAGGGGGUUGGACAAGCCCCCCUCGCCCUCCCCCGGUUUGGCCCUCACCCCUUCACCCGCUGUGGGCUCCCUGCGCAGUCGGAGGCCAGUGGAAGUGGGUGUCCAGGCCACGCUGGCAGAAGAAGAUGACGAUCGGUUCUCAUCGCCCCGAGGGAUUUGCCCCAAACAGGAGCCCUUCCCAGGUAAGGAAGAGCCAACCACAUAUACCUGCACUACAUGUAAACAGUCAUACGGCAGCGCCUGGUUCCUGCUGCAGCAUGCUCAGAACACCCACGGCUUCCGUAUUUACCUGGAAAGUGAACAUGGCAGUCCACUUACCCCACGCAUGGGUGGGCCUUCCUCCCUUGGUGGUGGCGCUGACUGCCCUUCUCAGCCUCCUCUUCACGGGCUCCACUUGCCUCCCGAUGCAAGCCCCUUCAACCUCCUCCGCAUCCCUGGCUCAGGCUCUGGUGGAAGGGACAGCGUUGGAGUGGGAGGUGUCAACUCGGGAGGAGCUGGGGUUGGGGGCCAUCAUCAACGUUUCCCUCCCACACCACCCCUCUUCAGCCCCCCUCCAAGGAACCACCUUGAUCCCCACCACCUGAGCCCAGAGGAGCUGGCGCUGGCAGCCCACCACCCGAGUGCCUUUGACAGGGUGCUGCGCCUCAAUCCUCCUCUGCCUCUGGAACCCCCUCCAACAAUGGACUUCUCAAGGCGGCUACGGGAACUGGCGGGCAACACCUCAGGGUCUACUCCACCGCUUUCUCCCAGCCGGCCUAGCCCCAUGCAGCGCUUACUCCAGCCAUUCCAGACAGGAAGAAAUGGUGGAUCAGGAGGUGAGGGGGGCAACAAACCUCCAUAUCUUGCCACUCCACCGCCUCUUCCAGGCUCCAUGCAGUCACCUGUGGGCUCUCAGACCACUCCUACAACCCCUCUACCCUCAGCAGGUGCAACACCCUCCUCCAACACCCAGAUGAAAUCAAAAUGUUGUGAAUUUUGCGGCAAAGCCUUCAAGUUCCAGAGCAAUUUAAUAGUACAUCGACGCAGCCACACAGGAGAGAAGCCGUACAAAUGCCACUUGUGUGAUCAUGCAUGCACACAGGCUAGCAAACUGAAACGCCACAUGAAGACACACAUGCACAAAUCCUCCUCGCCAAAUGCAGGCAAGUCAGAAGAUGGUUUAUCAACAGCCUCCUCCCCUGAGCCUGGCACCAGCGAACAUAUGGGCAGUGCCAGCAAUGCCCUUAAAUCUGUGGUGGCCAAGCUGAAAAGUGAGAAUGAACGCAUGAUACAUGAAAAUGGGGAGGAGGAGGAAGAGGAAGAGGAGGAAGAAGAGGAAGAAGAGGAGGAAGAAGAAGAAGAGGAGGAAGAAGAAGGAGAUGAGGAAGAAGUGCAGAAUGGAGAGAGGGCAGCCAGGAGAAACAACAAUAGCUAUCACUUUGGACUGAACCUUGAAGCAGCACGACAGCAUGAAAACAAUGGCGGUAUUGGAAGUCGACUGGGAGGAGUGGCCGAGGAAGGGUCCAUCCCUCGCUCACUGCCCGAGGUGAUGCAGGGAAUGGGGCUUGCUGCUAGUAUGCAGCACUUCAGUGAAGCUCUCAAUGCACACAAACGAAAUGCCAUGGCCCAGGAGAACCACCUGCACCACCAUCUCAACCGAGACCACCACCACAAUCGUGAGAUGUGUGAUGGAGACUCUGUGUUGGAAACUGAUCGCGGGGAGGAAUGUUCUGUAUCAACAGUCAAUGGGCGAGGAGCAUCUCCGAAUGAAUCUGCCUCUGUUGGCCUGUCCAAGAAACUGCUGUUGGGUAGCCCCGGUCCACUCAGUCCUUUCUCCAAACGCAUCAAGCUGGAGAAAGAAUUUGACCUGCCCACCCCUACAAUCCCUAACACAGAGAACGUCUACUCCCAAUGGCUCGCUGGCUAUGCUGCCUCCCGACAACUCAAGGACCCUUUUCUUAACUUUGGGGAUUCCAGACAAUCGCCCUUUGCAUCUUCAUCUGAGCAUUCUUCAGAGAAUGGCAGUCUACGUUUUUCGACCCCUCCGGGAGAACUGGACGGCGGAAUGUCGGGCCGUAGUGGUACAGGCAGUGGGGGUAGCACACCACACCUCGGGGGUCCUGGGAGGCCCAGCUCCAAGGACGGACGCAGGAGUGAUACUUGUGAGUAUUGUGGCAAGGUGUUCAAGAACUGCAGUAACCUGACAGUGCACCGACGCAGCCACACAGGAGAGAGACCAUACAAGUGUGAGCUGUGCAAUUAUGCGUGCGCCCAGAGCUCCAAACUUACUCGCCACAUGAAGACCCACGGUCAGGUGGGCAAAGACGUGUACAAGUGUGAAAUUUGUCAGAUGCCCUUCAGUGUCUACAGCACCUUGGAGAAACACAUGAAAAAAUGGCACAGUGACCGUCCUUUGAGUACCGAAAUAAAGUCAGAGUAGAAGGCCGAACAGUGGGACCUUUACCCUGCAGCUACGUUCAUCAUCAGUCCCGUGUUUAUUCCCAGUCCCUUGUAGAUUUGCCCCAGUCCCAACACUCCACUUUCACCAGUCUGGUGGAAGCUUAAGACCAUGUGCUCUGCACCAGCACACCCCGUUUCCAUUACCCAUUGAAUGCAUGAUCUGUAUCGGGGCAAUACUCUUGCAUUGAAGCAAAACUUCGAGCCUUUCUCUUGUGCAAUAAUUUACAUGUUGUGUACAAUUUUCUUUUUUGAGUUUUCCUUUUCCAUUUUUAAGAAUUAGUCAGCAUGCAUAGUAUGUUUUUGCUAAUCAAGAAAAAAAAGGAAAAAAAGAAAAGAACUUGUCCCUGGUUGGUUAGUUGUUGAGUAAAUGUGUUGCUGUUUUUCUCUUGUUCCAUUUUUUUCUUUUUUAUUCUUCAAAAAGAGAAAAGACAAGAAAGAUACAUCCAUGCUGCAUACAUUCUGUAACACAUAUCAUGUACAGCUUUGUUUUGUAACAUGGAAAGUGAACAGUCUUUUACUUACAACCCUGGAAAUGCACUUAUCCUGGUCUUUCUAAAAGAUGCCAUGUUCACACAGGGUUAAAAAAAAAAUCACGCAUUGGCUAAAUGACUAAACUGAAAGUUAGAACAGCCUUCAAAUUUCUUUCAAAAAGACAAAGGUUUGCUAAGAACUCAAUUUGUACUAUCAUUUGGUGGAAUAAGAAAGAGUGCCUUUGAUAUCCCAAGACUGCAUUGGCCAUAAUCUUAUCUGCUAUAUGUCUGGGGUUGUGCUAGAUAAAGCUGAAAGGUUAAAGCCACCCAGGAAAGGUCCUUGCAUCAAGCACCUAACUGCUCAAAUGGACUCAUGAUAACUCAUGAUGAAAUAUCAGAAUCGUCAUUUAGCUACCUAUUAUAUGUUCAAUAGGCUAUCUUUUAUGUGUGGAUUUCAUGGCAAGCAUGGUACAAGCAGUAUUGUGUAUAUCUGAAUUAUUUGUAGUUUUGUUUCUGGUAGAGAGGUACUUUUGAGAUAAAGGUAAUCUGUAAUGUACAAUCCUGAAGUUGAGGGAUACAGCACAUGGCUGACAAGUGUCAUGUGUCUGCGUUAGCACAAACCUACAACGCUGCUUCAAUAUGUCAGUGUGUGGAACAAUGCAUAAAGUAAUAUAUGAGCUCCAAGUAAAGCUAACUUUAUUUGAGAGCAUUGAAAGAACUACAAGCUAGACAGACAGAAAGCUACACAGAACUGGAAGCUACGUACGCAUUACGGGGAUCAGAGGCAAUGUCUUUACAUUUUUAGUAUCAAAACAGGGUCAUCAGCUGUGACUUGCAGAAAAAAAAGAAAGAUUAGCAAAAAAUAUAUAUAUCUUUAGGGCUCUUGAAGAAAGUAAAAUGUUUUCAUGCUAAUCAGUAUGCAUGGGCUAAUGCAGGGCACGUAUUUUCUCUUUUCCCUUUCUUUCUUUUUUUUGUUGCUUUUUAAACCCAAAAGGAGUUUUUUUCCCUAUUAGUUUAAGUCAUGCUGUUUAUUGUAUAGCUCUAUCACUCUGACUGAGAGAUAGUACCCACAUUUCUUGCAUUGUCCCACACGAUAUAAAGCUGGUGCAUGGGUUGAGUCUAAAAAGCUGGAUUGUCAUUUAUAGGACAUGAAGUGCACUGUGUCAAUUUUCCCAGUUUACAAGUUUCUCAGUUUAACCUUGUGCUUGUAAAAUGAGCUUGGGAAAAGCUCAUUCUGUUUCUGGCAGACAACUAGGGUCCCAUUGUUACGAGCAGUUAAAGAUGACACAAUGAAUCUGUUGCUUGAAACUCCAGACUCAUGACCCUCAACCUCUGUAGCCUUCCCAUUUCAACCUUUGACCAUUUGUCAGUUUGUUACCCUUGAAAACCCCAGCACCUAACCCUCUUUGGCCGUCAAAAUUCAACCUUGUCAACAAGGUCUAAACUAAAAGGUUUGUGAGUAACAAUAGCAACCAGUGCUCCAUUGUUUUUAUCACUGCUGAUAAAAUACAGAUGAAUAAUUUAUAGACCUUGCUGCCCAGACAACAGACACGCUAAUCUUGUUGCUCACAUGGUGAGAAUCCAUUUUUUGUAUAAAUCUUUUAAUUAUAAAUAUGAAAAGGAACAUUUUUACAAGUAACACUUAACUAUAUUUUGCUGGAAACAGUUUUUAAGUUUUGUUAUUGUUCAAUUUUUCCUCAACAUCUUGGUGGUGUUCAAGACUCAGAUCACAGUAUAUGAUACACAAUGAUGAAAAACAAACAAACAAACAAAAAAACCUCUGUGAUGUUUUCUUUUAUUUUUAUUUUUUAUUUUUUAUUUUAUUUUAUUUUUGCAUUGGCUCUUUACAGCUCUUCAGGUUGAGAUACAAUUUGCAUUGGGGAAAGGAUUAAGAUUAUAUAUGAAUAUAUAAUAAAGAACAUAAAAUAUAGGAAAAUGCACACACAUGUCAAUUCCUAUGCUUAAACACAUUUAUGGUCUACUUUUUCUGUAUUUCUAGAAUUGUAUUUGAAUUCAAUGUUCACUUAGAGUAGGCACUAUAGUAUUUAUAUUGAGGCUCGUAUUUUUAACUGUUGCUUGUUCUCUCUAAAGGUAUUUACCAUACCUUGUUUUGGUAGUGGAAAAAAAUCCCAAGCUGCCACGGUAUAUUUUUUUAAUUUGGCAGGAUAAUAUAGUGCGAAUUAUUUGUAUGUUUAAAGACACAAAAAAAAAAAAGAAAGGAAAAAAAAAAAACUCUAUAAAAAAGCAGCUAAAGUAUGUGGCACUGGGAAGCUUUGCAGGCCAUCAGAUGGCUGCUGUUUCUGGUUCCUGUCCACAGAGGUGGUUGUACAUAUCUUCUUUGUUUUUUUUUUUUUCUUUCUUUUUGGGUUCGCACUUCUUUUCCCUCCCUCCCUUCCUCCCCCGCUGCCAUUCUUGUAUGCAGUAAUGAAAGCUGACGUUGGCCUGUUCUGUUGUGUGCUUCUGUCUUUCUCACCUCUCCCACCUGACAACAUUCCAACAUUAAGAAGAGAGGAGAAAAACUAAAUAAAAAACUAAAAAAAAAAAAAAAAAAAAAA